AUGACGCUCGCCCGCGCAUCCACUCUGCACCCCAAGCCCCUCCCCAUGGGCCCACCUCCACCUAUACCAACAUCCUCAGAUGCCCCCGAACCAACCCUCAUCUUCCGCACCGGCAAGUCCAUCCGCCGGGCCUUCACCACCCGCCGCAGCAGCCCGCAGUCCGCUGAGCGCCGAAAGCGCUCCCAGAGCGCCCGUAUAGAAAUGAUAGGGAACCCCGUACUGCACCAAGACGAAGAAGGAAAGACACUGAAAUCACUGGCCAAGAUGGGCGUCCACCUUGAUGACGACUUUAUGCCCGGAGCUGCUGGAGCUGGAACUGCGGUGCCAGCGGGCGGUGAAGCUGCUGCUGCACAACCACUGGCGCUGAGGAAAACCUUAACCAUUCAGCGGAAGCCUGUGCCCCGGCAUUCGGCGGCACCGAAGGAGCCGGUCAUCGUGGAGGAGACGAUAGCUGAAGAGCCGGAGCCGGAGGCAGAGUCGGUCAGUGAUGAGGAGCGCAAGAAUGCGAAUCUUACAACCAAGCGAGAUAAGCGGCGAGGGUUUGUCUAUUAUGGGGUGGAGACGGAAGAAGAGAUUGAGGCUUCGCGGCCACCUCCGCAUGUCAUGGAUUGGAAGCUCCAUAAUGUUGAGGAGGAGGACGAGGACGCGGAUGAGGAGGAGGACGAGGAGGAGGAGGAAGAUGAGGAUGAUAUGUGUGGGCAGGAAAGCCCUGUUAGUAGCAGCUGUGCACAUGAGGCGGACCCUGUUGACUCGAUACGGUGGAGCUUUUUGGCGCCGUCGAGUGUGGUGAAGCAGGAUACUCUGUGCCUGAAAGUAGUUGAAGAGAAGGAACCAGUUGAAGAGAGUGAAAUAGUCGAAGAGAGGGAAGCAGUCGAAGAGAAUGAGGCAGUUGAAGAGCGGGAAGCAAUCGGUGAAGAGGAAGAAUUCUCAGACGAUAGUUCUGAGGGUGAGGACGUGAAGGAGAUGCGACGAGAACUGGAGUCUGUUGAGAACCUACUCGGAAGCAUAACUGCAUCCUUCGCCCAAGGCCCGAGCCAGCAGGGGCUGGCGCCGCCAGUAAGGAAUGGCAGUCUAAAGUCUCGGUUUACGGAGUCUCGUGAAGACCUCCAAGAUAAUACGAGAGCCUCCAGUUCAAAUUCCCGAUAUGACGAGGAAUCACCGACGUUGGGUCAUUGCCCGACGUUAAACAUUAUCAAGCGUAUUGAGGUUGCACGGAACAACAUGGGCAAGAGCGCCGAUACCAUCGAGAGUAUGGAGAAGGCGAUAAGUAGGACCGAAGACAUGAUUGUCAAGAUCAAAGCACAAACAGGAUACGGACAAAAGUCAGGUCUUAACAAGCCUGAGCCCCUCCAAACGGCAGAGCCUGCGAGAAGGCCGCCAUUUACCUGCACCGCUGAAGGUCCAGAAGAGUCCUUACGGGCAGUCCUUUCAUCACCUACUUCACGCAAAUCCUUCUCCGACUAUCUAGACACUACAGGUAACAGCAACAACAAGCGUGACUCCAAUAUCCUCCGGCUCUGGCUUGCAGCAAGGGCACAUUCGGCCGCGCUCCAAUUUGCGGAACAGCUCGCAGAGGAGAUCAAGUCGACGUGCUGCCAAGAAUUCCCCGAUAUCUUGGAGCCUACGCAGAACGUCGAGGUUUCUAAGAUUGAGGAUAAGGUCUUCAAGGAGAUGUUGCACAAGGAGUUCCCUGAGUUCCGCCGCCACUCUCAGAUGCUACCAAAGGAGGUGCAAGAUAGUCUUGAUAAGCUUGUUGCCUCGCCAGCAUUAGUACCGGAAGUACCGGAGGUGGUUGAGUCUGAGAAAAAGUCGCUUUCGAUCAUUGACAACCCUGUAGUUGAGCAGGAACAGCAGCCCGAACAGAAGCAGCGAAAUCAUUAUCCGGUCUCCGCCGACAAGGCUGUGAUAGAUUCUAAGAAAGAGGUUAUGUUAGACUCUCUCAUUAAGCCGGUUCCUUCUACAGGGCCGGCCCCUAUUAUGAAGGUUUCCGGCGGACAACAAAGGAAGAUUCAGUUGAGCGCAUCCAAGCAUCGUUCUUUCCACGCCGUUCAAUCAUUCAAGGUGGAUGAAGCCGCGGAUCAGAUCCCUGAACUCCCAAAGAUUCCCCUGGCAUAUAGGAAUUCGGCCCCUAGUACUGUUAAUAUGCCUGUCCUUAAAUCGGCGGUUGCUGUUGUUGAGCAGGCUGGGGUUGUGGAAACAGCAGAAGCUUGUACAGCUGCUAUUGCUGACACUCCCGCGCUCAAUAUCCAGCAAAAUGCGGGCAAGAAGACACUGGCGGACAUCGUCAGGAACGAGAUUAUGGAUAAAGCCGAGUCAACACCUGAAAUAGAGAAGUUUGACUUGGCCGCUAUGGGUAUUGUGAAGAGAAAUCGUGCUGCACUCAUGCAGAGAAUGGCAGCUUUGGAGGGCGCGAAGGUUUAG